UUUCCCAAAUUGAAACACUCCAAAACUACAAGGACCAACUUGACUUUUUCACUUUUUAGCUCCACCCUACCCUCGCCGCCGGCGAAUUCCGUUCGCCGGAAUCACACUGCUCCUCCGCCGUUAACAAUGGCUUCCUCAGCUUUCAUCUCAAUCAAAAGGACCAAAAUACCCUUUUCUCGAAACUCAUUCUCCAUCACAAAAUUUACCCUUUUCUCCACACUAAUCAAGAAUCAUCACCAAAAAAUUUCACCUCAAAUUACUUCUCCACCAAUGGCAAAAAAGCUUCCUUUUACUGUUUCUGCUCAUGGGGUUACGUGGAAUGAUCCUUACCAUUGGAUGCGCAAAACCAACGACCCUGAUUUCAUCAACUAUCUUCAGCAAGAAAAUUUGUAUGCUCAGUCUUUUAUGAAGGAUACUGAGAAAAUGCAAAAGAGUUUGUUUUCUGAAAUGAUUAGUAGAAUGCCUUCCAAGAUUUCUACUCCACCUGAACUAUGGGGUCCUUGGUUAUACUACCAGUACAUUCCAGAAGGGAAGGAGUUUCCAGUAUUAUGUAGGGAACUGGCUGCUGAGAGCAAAGGUUGGGUGAAGACUGUAUCAAGUUAUGUGAUCAGCGUUGCUGGGAAGGAACAAAUACUGCUUGACUGGAAUGAAAUUGCGGAAAGAUAUGGAUAUGUGCAUGUGGGUACAUGUCGAGUGUCUCCAGACCAUAAUUAUCUUGCUUACACAAUUGAUGUUACUGGUAGUGAGCAGUUUGUGCUUCAUAUUAAAGACCUCCAAAAUGACUGCGUUCUGCCAACCCUGAGAGUUGAAGGGGUUGUCAGUGUGGAAUGGGCUCAAGAUUCUUGUACUUUCUUCUAUACAUUAUCCGACCAGAACCAACGCCCUUACAGGGUACAUUGUGUAAAAUUGGGAUCAGAUUCGGUUCAUAAUGUCCCAUUGUUUGUAGAAAAUGAUUCCAGUUUCUGUGUGGAUAUAGCAAGUACAAAAGAUGGAAAGUUUAUUACUGUGAAUUCUAAUUCAAGAACUUCAUCCGAGGUUUAUGUCAUCAAUGCAACCAAUUUGCAGACCGGUAUUCAAAGAUUUUGUAAGCGUGCGUCUGGUGUGCAAUACUUUCUUGAACAUCAUCAUGGCUUUUUCUAUGUUCUCACUAAUUCUCCAAAUGCUGGUGAGGAAUCACCUUUGAGUGGAGAGUAUUAUUUGGCUAGAUGCCCUGUUGAGAACUUGCAGUCAACUUGUUUGCAGAAUAUUAUAGAACCCAGUGAAGACGUUUUCAUCCAAGAUAUGGACAUGUUUAAUGAACAUCUGGUGCUUUUUCUCAACAAAGAGGGUUCCUCAUCGAUAUGCUCUGUAGAUAUGCGAACGAUCAUCAAUUGUAAGGAACAAAUGAAGAUUGAUGAACUUAACCCAUGGUUCUUUCCUCUUCCCUCUGAUAUGUGUACAAUAGCUCCAGGAUCAAAUCAUGAUUUCACACGAUCUGUAUACCGUGCUGUUGUUUCUUCCCCAGUGAUGCCUGAUGUUAUUGUUGACUAUGAUAUGUCUAGAAGAACGUUCUCUGUCAUUCAUCAAGAAGAAGUAAUUAACCACAAUACAAAAUACCUCUCUAACAAUGGAGAGAGAAGCAGAAAUGAGUUUCUGGGCACCCCUUUAAAGAAGGAACACAACAUUCAGAAUAAUGGAGUACAGAGAUGGAGUGACUUUGCUGAAAUUUAUUCCUGUCAAGAAAAACAAGUGAUAUCGCAUGAUGGUAAAAGGAUUCCUUUAACUAUUUUAUUCUCUCUUAAAGCACAUAAGAAGGGUCAGUCUCCUGGGCUUCUGCAUGGAUAUGGAGCUUAUGGAGAAGUGCUAGAUAAAAGCUGGUGUGUUGACCGCCUGAGCUUACUUGAUCGUGGUUGGGUGAUUGCAUUUGCUGAUGUAAGAGGUGGUGGUGGUGGUCCAGAUCCUUCAUGGCACAAAUCUGGGAGCGGAAUGAACAAGUUGAACUCUGUAAGUGAUUUUAUAUCAUGUGGCAAGUAUCUUGUCAGUGAGGGUUAUGUUCAUCAACAUCGGCUGGGAGCUGUUGGUGUAAGUGCUGGAAGUCUUCUUGUCGCGGCAGCAAUUAACAUGCACCCUGAGCUUUUUCAAGCUGCAAUUCUGAAGGUUCCUUUUCUUGAUGUGUGCAGUAGCUUGUUGGAUCCCACCUUGCCUCUCACUGUUUUAGACUACGAAGAAUUCGGAAAUCCUCAACUACAUGCCCACUUUGAAUAUAUUUUGAAGUAUUCUCCUUAUGACAAUAUUCCUGAAGGAGUUUGUUGUCCCCCGAUGCUUGUGAAGGCUUCAUUGAACGACUCCAGAGUUGGCGUUUGGGAAGCUGCAAAAUGGGUGGCCAAGAUACGAGAUAAAACGUGCACUAGAUGUUCUUCUUCAGUCAUACUGCAGACAAACAUGAGUGGUGGGCAUUUUGGUGAAGGUGGUCGUUUUGGACAAUGCGAGGAAGCAGCUCAUGAAUAUGCUUUUCUGAUGAAAGUUCUCGGGGAAUCUUGAACUAAAAUGCAGCUUCUGGAUUUCGAUGAUGGAGGGUUGGUCUAGAGCUAUUGUCCUAAUGACAGAGAGGCUAGCUGGAAAACGUUCAUCAACUAUAUCUCUGCAUUAACCAAAUGCACUCGGAAACUCCUCGUGUUGCAGAAUAGCACGAUUCAUGUUGACUUCUGUCAUUGUCGAGCUUAACAUUAUUUCCGUGUGACUUAUAAGUCACGAGUUCAAGCUGUAGAAUCAGCCACUGAUGGUAAGCUGUGUACGGUGCACCCCAACGAGUCUGCGAGAUGUUUCGUGCCCCCGGCUGAAGGGUGUUGAUGACCCCAAUUGCUUGUAAAGCUUACCAUCCAACAGUAGAAUUGUCAGGUUUUGUAGAUUGAAGUACUCUUAUUGUUAUAAAACUGAAAGUGGUCUGAUGAAUUUUUAGGUUUCUAUGUACAAUACUGACAUAAUUUUUACAAGAAAAUGUACAAUUCUUGCUCCGAUUCAA